AUGGUUGAGAGAGUGGCAGCCAUGAUGUCUGAUUUGGAGGAAGUAACCAAGAUUGAGAUUGAGAUGGAGAAAGAAGACCUAGAAUUGGGGAUUUUAGGAAGAGGGAACGAGAGCAACAAGAAGCGCGUCAGCUAUACAGCGGACAGGACGCUGUCUACUCUAGUCUGGAUCGACAAAAUAGCUGGGCUGGUUGAGUCGGUUCUUUUGGAGUUCAACAUUGGGUUCGCUGCGGAGAGGAACGACCAGCAAAAAUACGGCGGAGUUGAGCAACGUCCGCCUGGUUCAGUCUGCCUCUUCCAAGAUCGCCCCCCAUUCAUCGCGGGAGGUGCCAAAUCGAGCUCCACCGCCUCCGCCUUUGGUGCCGCCGGGUUCAGUCUGCCUCUUCCAAGUCCGCCCCCAUUCAACGCGGGAGGUGCCAAAUCGAGCUCCACCGCGUCGGACUUUGGCGCCGACGGCGGCAAGGAGCGGCACAAGGGGAGGCAGCGCAGCGAGGCACUACCUGAGUGCUCCAACGCCGAGGCAACGACCAGCGGCCGCUGGCCGUGCUGCCAUUCACCCCGAAGUUGUUCUGUUCCUACUGCGGUUGCCGCAUCGACGAGGGGCUCCACCACGCGGGCGUCCGUCGGCACAGCUACCUCCUCUGAAUCAUGGUUGAGAUGUGCACUUCAAGUGUUUGUUCUAAUGCCUGAAGAGAGAUUGCGUAUAAUAAAUCAGCGAGCAAUACCUAAAUACAAGCCAAUGGGCAUGUUGAUAGCCAUGUGUACUGGGAUCCUUUCGCAGACGUAUUUCGUACUCCCUCCAUCACCUUCCUCAUUAUCCAAUCUGCCGUUGCAGGUCUGGUGGCAUUGUGGUUGUUGGUGAUGGAAUGAUUCCAGGCCGCUUGAGGUUCUUGCCCUCAUGUCUACAGCAUCGUCUUCUGUGCUGUCGUUGCCUACGUCUCCUACUAGGUUAAUCCUCUUACAACAUGAGUUUCUAGCUCCAAUUUGUUAAAAAGGUAAGAUGCACAUUCACUCAUCCAUAGGUCCAAUGAAUAAAUCAUUGAACUGUAUGGCUUCAGUUUUCCAUUUUGUGUGAAAUAAAAACAACUAUGUCAUCGGAUCAUUUUUUUUCUUACGUGACCGCUCUUUGGUUAUUUCACGGUCAUAUUGUUGGUUUAUUCUAAAAAAUUUGUGUUCUAGAUCAUUGAUCUGUUGGGUCUUAGUGAGUUGCCACACACCAUUGGUGUUCUAAGUUAGAUUUUUGCUCCAGUAUAGUAAUUGCAUUGUGUCUCCUAGAAGUAUAAACGGCUGACAAAACAGAGGUCCUGCUAAAAUGAUGCUCCCUCCGUUCCAUAUUAUAAGAUGUUAUUAUAGGACGGAGGGAGUAGAAUAGAAGGUUUCUUGAUGAUGUAAGCACUUGAUUACUUUUUUGAAGCUUUGUUCGAAUGUUGAGAUGGAUGGUUAGUGCUGACAACAAUAGUUUAGAACUUUUUGUACCGCCUAUAUGUUUCAGCAUGGUCAAAUAGUUCAUUUUGUCUAAAAUGAUUCCAUCAUCAUCCCUCACGAUGAGUUAAGCUAGAUAGCAUUUUAAUGUUGAUGAUUCUCUUGACGAUUAAGUUUUGUGUAGCAAAUGCAAAGAUUGGACGUUUUUGUUUAUCUAGAUGGCUAGACCUACUGCUAUAUACUAGCUUAUGUUAAUAUUUGAGGCCACAAUGACUGCAUUUCCUGUUGCGGGAGUUAACUUAUGUGAAAUUAAUCUCAGAUGUUUCUUGACAUGUGUUUUGACCAUAUGCAACGUUGCUCAGCGCUUCCACAAAUUAUAUUUUUCUUGUGCUCAGUAUCUGUCCAUGUUUAAGUCAUCUAUCUAUUGCUAUGUAUUUGUACUAAACUACUAAGUUCAAUGUUGUUCAAGGAAUUUAAAUAUCUGAUGAGCUUCACAGGCUUCAAAUCCUUGCAUUUUGCUAUUGGUUUUUCCACUGCUCAACGGGUUGUUUUCUGGUUCGCCGUGUGAUUCGUGCACUGUUGACAGUCAUGUCUAUGUGAAAAGGGCGCAACUGACAUUGCUGGUCUGAGGCAUACAUGCCAUAGCCAUUAGGAUGGUGACAUGGAUACUUUUGCGAUAUUCAGUUAAGCCUGCUUUUCUGGGAUUUAAAAGCUCUAUGUUAUUCUAGAUUAUGCAUUGGUUUAUUUUGUAGCUUCUUUGUAGCUUCUAGAGUUUUCUGGUGUUCCCUAGGAUAGACUUGACAGUAGUUUCAUUGGUUUAUUUUGUAUGCAUGGUUUCUAAGCAGUGAAAGAGCCCCACCAAAGAAUAUUAACUCGAAAGAAAAAAAAAAUUGAGAAUUUACAGCAGGAGAGUUUCCUACUGUGUACUUUAUUAUCAAAAAAUUAUUACAUAAAGAGGCCUAUGUACAAGGUCCACCAACGUGGAACCCAAAAAUUCCUAACCUAAUAGAUAGGGAAACAACUUUGUGUCAACAUUUAUCGACUUACAAGAUAGAAAAGGGAGAGUUGCUACAAAAAUAUAUGGGCGAUCAGGUCCUUGCGUGGUGAUUGGACGUUUUCUUUGACUCUGCAGCCAAUGAUGGUCAGGUCUUGGGAAAAUUAUCUCUAGAUAUUAGUAUAACUCUAGAUAUUGCUGCCUAUGAAAAAAAAAUGUUGCUUCUGCACAUGAUUUGAGCCCACAGGGUUAGGUGUACUAUUUUCAGUACUUUGAAGUUAUGUUUAUUAAAAAUACUCCCUCCAUCUCAAAAUAAAUUGCU